AUGUCCGUCAACGGCGCCAGCAACAGCAAAGCUCCCCUGCAGGAGCAUGAUAACCCGAAUGUUGCCCGCAAUGGUCACGGGCUGGUGAAGGUGCAACCGGCUCGCUUGGAUGAUCUCCAGCCCCGAUAUGCGUCCACUAUCCAGCACGACCAGGAUAACCCAGAGGCUCAUGGCUGGUAUGCGCGACUCGUCCACACCCUGGGCGAAUGUAUCGGUUUCUGCGGUGCCGUGCCCUGCUGCAUUUGCUGCCCCAACCCAUUUAAGCCGGUCAACCAAGGUCAAGUGGGCCUGGUCUCGCGAUUUGGACGGUUCGUGCACUCCCCUAUUCCGCGAUUCAUCGUCUUAUCUCUGGUCGUUUAUUAUUCCUGUGCUCCUUUGACCAACAAGGCCGAGACAAUCCUGAUACUGACCUCGAUUGGCAGCUUCGAACGCUCGGUGGACCCCGGUCUGGUCAAGGUGAACCCGCUCAGUGAGCACCUGACCACCGUCGAUGUCAAAAUCCAGAUUGUCGAAGUACCCCGGCAGGUCUGCAUGACCAAGGAUAACGUGAACCUGAACCUCACCUCCGUUAUCUACUACCAAGUCACCUCCCCUCACAAGGCCGCCUUUGGCAUCUCCAAUGUGAAACAGGCCCUCGUAGAGCGCACCCAGACCACCCUGCGCCAUGUCAUCGGCGCCCGUGUACUGCAAGACGUGAUUGAGCGCCGAGAGGAGAUUGCACAAUCCACUUCGGAGAUCAUCGAGGAGGUCGCCGCCGGCUGGGGUGUACAGGUCGAGUCCAUGCUCAUCAAGGACAUUAUCUUCAGCAAUGACCUGCAGGACUCGCUUUCCAUGGCUGCCCAGUCCAAGCGAAUCGGUGAGAGUAAGGUUAUUGCAGCCCGCGCCGAGGUCGAAUCUGCCAAGUUGAUGCGCCAGGCGGCCGACAUCCUAUCGUCAGCCCCGGCCAUGCAGAUCCGCUACCUCGAGGCCAUGCAAGCCAUGGCAAAGACAGCCAAUAGCAAGGUCAUCUUCCUGCCUGCUAUGAACCAGACCGUUCAGCAGCAGCUGGCAGCUGCCGAUGCCGCCGGCGAGGGCCCAAGUACCUAUGGGAACCCGGCUGGCCAAACCGAUGAUGGCUUCCAGCGCGCGAUGAACGCCCGUGUGGUAGAGGACAUCUAA